AUGUUAAUACCUUCCAGCUAUCAAGUCGGCAACGGUUGCAUAAUCGAUAAGCUGCAAACAACCGGCACGAUACAACGGGAAGUCACCGAGACCUUCUGCAAGCUACGUAAUUCAUAUUCGACUGCACGAUCCCCGCUCCGCAGAAUCAUUAGUAUGAUUUCGCCAACUACUCCCUCCUCUCCGGGAAACCUACUUCCAGGAACCAUUCAUUGGUCGUCAAAAGUGCAAGUCCGCGGCACGGAAGAAGAGGCUGCCCGUCUCGGCUGUCGACCAGGUGCGCGCUCUCGUAAUCGAGAGCGCCGGCCGAUAUACAUACUGGACAAGCUCCUCGACGGAAGAUUCUUAGUGCUCACGUGUACUACGCGGCACAAUCAGGGUAUCGAGGACGUCCCGAAGGACCACCUGUCGUCCUUCAUCCCGAUAGAACCGAGCUUCACCGAUACCAACCGCCCGACAGUUCGCCUCGCAGACGACCCCGACCGGGCGUUCGAUGGCAAGACAUUGCUGUUCGUCCACGUGGCAGUGAUUGCGUUCGACAAGUUCUUCAUGGGAUAUGUGGGAUCGAUUGAUCCCAAGGACCAAUCACUUAUCUCCGCUGAGUUCCUCUGCUGGCAGGUAAAGAGGGUCAUCGAUCCGUUCAUGGAUCACUCUUUCCGCCUGACGAGUAUCGUGGCGUGUCUACACGCGGGUCAGGCCGGCGACCCGGUAGUCGGGCCCUACCACGCUCUCGCUGUUCAGUUAGCGAGACGUGUCGUGAGGGACGACGACAUCCUCAAAGUGUCACAUCUGUCACAUUUUGUGACACUCAUCGAGUCAUAUCUUGAUGUCCUCGAAGACGUCGAGGUUGAGAAUGACCGGGUGGAGAGGACUGCUUUGGGAGACAUCAAGAAUCAUGAGUCUCGCCGCGCCACUGCCCAGCAGAGUGAGAGGGAGUCUCACUACCAGAGAGAACCCAGGCGGAAUUACAACGAAUGGGGUAGUUCUGUGUCGCCCUCCUCCGGCAGUGGUGACUCUAGUCAGGAUAAGCGGCAUCAGCAGCACAAGCGGCGGGCUGGACACCGCGAGGAUCAGUAUGCGGAGAGAGUGGCCCGGCACAAUGACCGUGGCCGCCGCAGCUCUCAUUACUCGCCGGAGGCAAGUACCUCGCCGCCCGAUCGCCAUGGAUACGUCCAUCAGCCUACCAGAUAUCGCCACCACUGGCGGAGACGAUCGGACAGCCCAAGGAGCCCUCUAGAUAGGGCAAGGAGCGGUGGUAAUGUGACGCGCCGUCACUCCUAG